AUGACCGACAGCAACAGUGCCUCGAGUGGAUCAAGUUGGUUUCGACCCUUCUCUCGUGCUCGCAACAAUGUGCCGGCAGCUAGUCAACCGAAUAGCAGUGAUAGUACCGAGUCUCCUCAACUGCAGCGACACCCUUCUCCGGAGCAACCUGUCUGCCAUUCCACCAACUUUUCGCCCUCUCCCUCUCCUUCUCCGACAACAACCACGUUCUCGUCUCCUCGCCGACCACCGGUUCCUCCUAGGCCGAAAAGCACCACCAACCUUCACCAGCAGGCUCAGCAGCACGAGCUUCGUCAGUCACCGCCGAGUCGCCUUCACGUCCCUCAUCAUUCCCGCCCCUCUCUAUCCAUGUCAGCGACGUUGGGUCGUCGCCCGGCGUCAAGCAACCCCCUGAAGCAUGUUUCUAGCUUCCUGAAAAUGGAGCUCCAUGGGUUGAGAGGGAGCCAUAAAGAACGCGGCCGUGAACAAGAUGUGCUGGGAGAUGACGUCGACCGAGAAAAGGAUGACCAGAAUCAAGUUGAGGAGGAAGUUCAGGAUGAAGUUGCCAAAGAUGGAGAUGAAGAAAAGGUGAAGAAAAAAGAAAGGGGGAGAAAAGCCGAGCUGCAUCCAGCAAUGAAGAUUCUUGCACCGACGUCCACUACGUUGUCUCCUUUGAUGGACUCGAGCAAAGAGGAGAGACGAGACAGUUACGGGAGCAGGUCAGGAAAUGACUCAACCACAGGGAGAAAUGCCCAGAAGGGGAGAACUCGAGAUCCCCUCUCUGAAUGGCAUAGUCCUAAAGUUUGGGAGAUGAUGGAGACAUUGAAGAGUGUUAUGAUGACGAAAGAUGCCCGGGAUGGUUUGCCUGCCAAGUACAGCUCAUAUGUCUUGACUCUACUGGAAGGCUUUAUCUGCCUGACACAGCGUCUCCAUGAAGCCACAAACGAGCUCAGCGAGCUCAAAACGUUGCGUGACAAGGAGCUUGAGGAGUUCCGAGACUUGAGUGAGGAGUGGCUCCAACGUGAGAACGAUUACAAAGCUGAAAUCAAGCGACUUGAGCUUGUGCUGGCCAAGGAGAGCAAGGAUGGCGUUGGCUGUGUGGCUGUCUCCAGACACAACAGCAUUGUUGACCGUUCUGGUAGUAAGAGAUUCCAAGCAAGGGUGAAGAGAGCCAGAAGCCCUCAGCGUGGAGAUGGAAGGAAAGGCAUUAUGAUGGCCUGGCCAACACAGUCCAGACCUCCUUCGGCUAAUGACAAGUCUUAUGAGAUUUCAGCUACCCUUCCCAGGAUCUUGGACUCCCAGAAUGACGUCUUGAUGAGCCGCUUUAUCGAGAGACGUGAGAGAGAAGACAGGCUUCUGAACUCGCACCUUCAUCUUGGUCCUGGUACCACGUACAAUCCUCCUAUUGCGCAGGACCACCGCAGGUCAGACGUUAAACCAUUCGAACCCAAAGCUGUUCAGGGUACUGCCAUAGAUAGAAACACGCUCGCAGAACAACUUGCGACAAACAUGAAAGGCUCUGAAAGCAAUUCUUCUGGCAAGGACUAUGGCUUUGAGAUACCACAGCGCACAAAGCCGCAAAGACAGCCAAUCUUUACGAUAUCUACGUCUGAUUCAGGAAGCAGCACAGAGUCAGCAAUUGAACCCUUGUCAUCGAGUAGCGGAUCUGCCGUCGAACAGCACCAUAUCGGCAACCAGGCAAAGGAUCCGCCGCAGAUAACGAUCUUAACAUCACCCUCCGUAGAUGACACGACAAAGGAGGAACUUCGGGCUGCUAUGCAAGAGCCUUUGCCUUUUCAGCCACUUUCUGAGGAUAUAGCCCUCUCGGACCGAACUACGAGAUGCUUCUCAUUCCAGGAAGGCGAUGAUAGGGUCCUUCCUGUUUUAUCACCUCAGGCAUGGGAAUCGGAGAUUUACGAUCUAGAGAGAAUACCCCAUCGACGAGGAUAUUGGGAGUACGAUAAAACAAGCACCGUGUUCAAUAGAGCUGAGAUCGAACAACCCGGGACCGGAUUGGGUAAUGGAAUGACCGGUCACACUGUUGAGAACAGCGAUGUGAAGCCCGGAAAUGACGUUCUUUUCCCUCUUGGCCCUGAUACGGACGCUUCACCGGCGUCUCACUCUGAGUGUCUUUGUUCAUCAUCAGGGCUUGGCCCCGAUCAGCCAGUUUAUUUGCAAGGUUCUUUCUACGAUAGUUACCUUCACCGUCAGGAAUUCCCAGAACAAGCAAGAAUGAGCUCACAAGACAGGGCCCUCAUGAAUGGACAUCGUCGGCUUUCGCACUCAGAAUCUACAGGGUCUGUUGUCUGGAUUGGUGACAGCGUUUCUCAAGAGGAGCAGCAAAAGAAGAGCGAUACGAUUAAGAAGAAUGAGGCUUGA